UUUCUCUCUUUUCAAAUUCAUGUGUGGGGACUAUAGCUCUGUUUCUCCCCCACCCUCUCUCUCUCUCUCUCUCUCUCCCUGUGCCUCCUCCUCUGACACUACAGUCCUCUCUCUCUCUCUCUCUCUCUCCAUCUAUGGCGUAAGCUUGAUUCCUGAUAGUGCAAGCAAAGCAAACACCCCACACUUUUAUUUUUAUCACAACCCCCUAAAACUCUCUCUGCCCUUCUCUUUUGUCCUGUAAAAAUACUCCUUUCUCUAUUUUGUUCCAACCCUUGUGCUCUCUCACUACGGCUAUAAGCCUCUUGCUUAGUGCUCCCCAACCACAGCCCUUCAACCAAAACACCUUCAUUUCCUCUCUCUCUCUCUCUCUCACUCACUCACUUCUUCCAUCCCUUGGUGAUUUUCUUUGUUCAUGCCCCUGCCUCCAACUCUUAAGUUCUUAUCAUACCUUCAUCUUGCCAUGGAAUUCAAUAUUGGACAAUUCAUCACAUAUCACCUCUAAGUCACAGGUGGGAUACCAUGGUUUCCUUGUGGUAAUCUCCAUGCCAUUCUCUUCAUAUCCUCUGUCUUUAGAAGAACAGUUCAGUUCCGGUUAACCUCUGCAGCCAGUCUCCAUACUCCGUUUGUUUUGCUUUCAAGAGUUUAAUGGAGAGAGAGAGAGAGUGGGGGAAAGGUGGGUACGUUUUGUCUUAGGUUCUUCAGCGUUCGGCGUCGUUGCACGGCUCCAACCUUCACAUGGAGUUGUUCUGCUUCCGUUCUUAUGUUGUACUUUGAGACAAUGAAAUGAGCAUUCGAAGACCAGGUCCUUGGGCACUGUUCAAGAAGUUGUUGUUUUCCUCAUGACUGGAAAAAGUUUACCCCCCAACACCCGCACAAGAGACUUCUUAGGUUAGGUGUCUUUGGGUCUUAAGACUCUGGAUCUUGCUGAACCCUCAAAGGACAAGAUCAAGCACCGGGUCUACAAUUUACAAAGACUUUUAUUCUCAUUCCAAUUCCAUAGCGCCUUUCUUAUUCUUCCCCUUGCAUAGAGUUUUUGCAAGCAAAAGACCCAGCGCUCUUCUUCCAUGUGUUUCCCAUUCUGUUUGCGAGGCUCAUGAAUCUUACAAAGCUUACAAGUAUCUAGUCUUCUUAUCUAUCUUCCUCCUCCGUUCGGUUUUUAAGGUUGGGAAUAGUUUGGAGAGUAUCCAUAUAAGGUUCUCUAGAAUCUCAGAGCUUCCAAUUUUCCAGUGUCUUUCUGCCAAAACCGAAGAAAAUGGGCAAGUGGGUUCAUUAUUAGUUUAUUUAGAGUCCCAAGAAUCUCAGACCCUAGUCGCAGCUGAUAUUUUUCUCAUUGGAGUGGUCUAAUUCUCUCUGUCCUUGACCUUUUCCUUUUGGUGUCCAGGCCAUAAAAGAGCAGUAAAAAAAAAUAAGAAUUAGCACAGAGAGAGAGAGAGAGAGUAAGAAAGAAUGGAUCUUUCUGGCCAUGAAGGGGAGAUCCCAAUCCCAAUAAGCAGCACAUAUGUUGGAGGCCAUGGUCAGAGCCAUGGCCACUCCAUCAUCCAUGAUGCCCCUCCCCUCCACCACCACCCUCCUAAUGGACCUCCCCCUCCCCUGUCCGCAGCCACAUCGGAGGAGCAGCAGCGCCACCCUGGCAACCCCUACAGCACUAAGAAAGGAGUGGUGGUGAGGUACAGGGAGUGCCUCAAGAACCAUGCAGCCUCCAUUGGUGGCAGCGCCACUGAUGGCUGUGGUGAGUUCAUGCCAAGUGGUGAGGAGGGCACGCUGGAGGCCUUGAAGUGUUCUGCCUGCAACUGCCACAGGAACUUCCACAGGAAAGAGGUAGAAGGGGAGUCCUCCUCCUGUGACUGCUUCCACUACCUCAAGGGGAGGAAGGUGGUGGGCCAGAAGGGACUCUUGAUCUCAGGGCCGGAGGCAUUUGGAUAUGGUCCUGCCGGCAACAGCCUAAUUCCAAGGCCAUCACCGCACCACAUGAUCAUGCCCCUGGGAGCCCUGCAGACCUCCGAGUCUGAUGAGAUGGAAGGGGUCGGUGGUGGAGCCAUGGUGAGGCCUCCCAUGGCGAAGAAGAGGUUCAGGACCAAGUUCACACCGGAGCAGAAGGAGAAGAUGCUGAGCUUUGCUGAGAAGGUGGGGUGGAGGCUCCAGAAGCAGGAGGAGAGUGUGGUGCAGCAGUUCUGCCAGGAGAUUGGAGUGAAGAGGAGGGUCCUCAAGGUGUGGAUGCACAACAACAAGCAUAACUUGGCUAAGAAGAGCCCCCCUCUCCAGCUUGAAUGACUACUGAUUCCACUCCCUCUCUUGGUUUUCCCCUGACUCUUUUUAAGUUUGAUGGUUUUCCAAUGGCCCAUGCUGAUUCUAGAGGUGGAUUUAGAUGGUAGAAUGUUGUGACAGACUAUCCUUUCUUGUGUUACUCUUUCAGAUUUUUAUCUCUCUUGUCAGUUCUCCAUUGGCAAGGCGAUGUAGCUUAUGGAGUUUGGUAGACAUGAACCAUGGGCUCUUUUUUUCUUCUGUUAGUGGCUAUGAAACUUAGACAUUGGUCAUUUCAGUAUUUCACUAUGAAUCGCGCAUGGUACUUUCAUGGACUUUCUACAGCUGAUGAGGAAGAAGCCCCUUGAUGAACUGCUGUUUGUUUUAGUCCCUCUAUUUUCUUUCAAACGAGGUUCCUCUGAAUCCAUGAGAAGAUAAAUUGCAAUUUCAUUUGGAGUGUGGGAGUCUUCCAACUUCCUUUCUUCUUAUAACUCUGGAGUUAAUAGGCUGUGCCUUGUCUCUCUUUGUAUGCUAGCUAGAAUUUUAGAAAUGUUUUGAGUCCAUCUGGAAUUUCUCUUCAAAUUACUUGUUUGCUGUCUUGUAUUGUUAGACAUCUUUUUAUUAUGUACGUGACAAGGUUUCUU